UGGUCCACCGCGCUGUCUGGCUACGCCCCACGCCGGCAGCGCUUGGGGUCCUUCCGUAUGCGUCGAUACGAUUGGCCGGUGUCAAGUAGUUCUCUUUUCUUCCCUUGCUGCUUAAAGAUCGGUAGCCAUCAUGAAUGACACAGUGACUAUCCGGACCAGGAAGUUCAUGACCAACAGACUGCUUCAGCGGAAACAAAUGGUCAUUGAUGUUCUUCACCCUGGCAAGGCAACAGUACCCAAGACAGAAAUUCGGGAAAAACUAGCCAAAAUGUAUAAGACCACACCAGAUGUCAUCUUUGUAUUUGGAUUCAGAACCCAUUUUGGUGGUGGCAAGACAACUGGCUUUGGCAUGAUUUAUGAUUCCUUGGAUUAUGCAAAGAAAAAUGAACCCAAGCACAGACUCGCAAGGCAUGGCCUAUAUGAGAAGAAGAAGACCUCAAGAAAACAGAGAAAGGAACGCAAGAACAGAAUGAAGAAAGUCAGGGGGACUGCAAAGGCCAAUGUUGGUGCUGGCAAAAAGAAAUGAAGUGUCUGGCAGUGAGCUGGAGAUUGACAACAGAAGGAGUAAGGAUUCUUCAGUGACUUAUCUGUGGUGAUAAUGCAGAUUUUUCAUGAGAGGAUUAAUAAACUAAGAAUUUUUAUGUGUCUGGUUCUUUGAAAUA